AUGUUAGUAAAGUGUGAUAAUAAGGACAAUAAGAUGAAGCGACAAAAAACGAUCUUACCUAGAAAACAGCAAAAUGAUAGUGUAACGUAUUUGAAGUCUGAUGAUCUUGUAAAACCAUUUUAUGAUCGUGGUAUUGUUGAACUG